CAACAAUGGCGACGCCGCCAGCAGGCAAGACGAGCAAGGCGCGAUGGGCGCUCCUGCGCCGCGCGAUCGUGACGGCGUCGACGCCAGCGCCAGCGUCGUCCGCCAUGUCUAUCUUCCAGUUCCAUGACCCGGCGGUGCCCCGGCCAACGGUCUACGCCGGUGCGACGCCGGACGUUGGCUACGACUGGGUCGAGUAUACGCUUCCGAGUGGUGGCGCCUCGAUCCUCUUGCACCAGCGCCGCGAGACCGCCCACGUCUCACUGCACGAGCUUGCCAUCCGCGAUGUCGACAACACGGGCAACAUCCGCACGUGGCCGAGCGAAGACAUUGCCCUGCGGUAUCUGCUCCGAACGCUGCCAUCGCGGACAGGUGGGCCCGCGCGAGUGCUCGAGCUCGGCGCCGGCAUGUGUGGCGUCGCCGGGUUUGCCUUGGCGGCUGCGUGUGCCAGCGACGUCGUCGCGUCUGUCACCAUCACGGACGGCAACCAAAUGUGUGUCGAAAACCUCACGCGGAUCGCGUCCAUGAAUCGCUCUCGGCUCGGACGCCCGGUCGAAACGGCGCUGUUGCAGUGGAGCCGGCAUCUAUCGCCGCCGUCGUCGCCUCUCUUUGACGUCAUUGUUGCAAGCGACUGUGUGUUUUUCGAAGCCUACCACGACGACCUGCUCCACACGCUUCGGACGCUUCUCGCUGUUGACGGCGUCGCCACCUUUGUGCAGCCGACGCGCGGCGGGUCCCUCGAUCGGUUCCUCGCCAAGGCCACCGCGCUCUUUACAGUCGAGGUGCAAACAUCGGGGUUUGACGCGAUCGUCGACGCGACGCGUGCGGCCGCCGAUGCGCGGUUGGACCCGGACAUUCACCUCCCCGUGCUCGUGACCUUGCGUCACCGCCGUUAGAGUAGCCCUAGAAACCGAGUCGUCCAACGACAUGUAUAUAACGCGAUGGAUGAGAAUGCGCUAUACAACACUAUUACGCAAGGCGCAGGCUAGCGUUAACGUCGCCAACGGAGACAGUCCCG